AUGGAGUCCACCAUCCAACUCUUCCUCCGCCUUCGUGAUGGCUCCAAGAAGCGCGAGAAGAAGACCCUACACCAAGCCCAAGAAGAAGAAGGCCAAUGCUGCAGUCCUCUAGUUCUACAAGGUCGACGACUCUGGCAAGUUCGGAAGGCAGGGCUUGCACCUGAGAUUCCAGAGGAUCUGUACCAUCUGAUUAAGAAGGCCAUCGCAAUCAGGAAGCAUUUGGAGAGGAACAGGAAGGACAAGGAUUCCAAGUUCAGAUUGGUUUUGGUGGAGAGCAGGAUUCACCGCCUUGCUCGUUACUACAAAAAGACCAAGAAGCUCCCUCCCAACUGGAAAUAG